UUUCACAGUUUUGUGUUUUACAAUAAAAAAUUGAAAUAAUAAACACAAGGAAUAUUUUUAGUUUUAGUAAAACAGUUCUGACGCUUGAUAGUGUACAAACUGUUACGGGCUUUAUUAAUUAAUUGAUGACUAAAUUUUAGACCUGUAUAUGUAGGUAAUGUCAUACACUGAGCUUGAACAUGGAUACCAAGGCUUGCGGCAUGCUUCUCAGCCACAGUUUUACGUCGGAAAUGAUGGAAAUUUGGUACCAAUAAGAUCACCCGGCGAGUUGGAGCUGUGCGAGUCCCCGGAGGCGCAGUGCGAUGGCGGCAAGAAGGUGGCGGUCGGCGUCUGCGCCAUGGCCAAGAAGUCGCAGUCGAAGCCCAUGAAAGAAAUACUUACCCGUCUUGAUGAGUUUGAAUACAUCAAGAUGAUAGUUUUCCCAGAGGAGGUUAUCCUUAAGAAACCUGUAGAGGAGUGGCCAAUCUGUGAUUGUUUAAUCUCUUUCCACUCGAAAGGCUUCCCCCUUGAUAAAGCCAUUCAAUACGAAAAGUUAAGGAAGCCAUAUGUUAUAAAUAACUUGCAUAUGCAAUAUGAUAUACAGGAUCGUAGAAAAGUAUACGCAAUAUUAGAAGGUGAAGGUAUAGAGAUACCGAGAUAUGCGGUCUUGGAUAGAGAUUCACCGGACCCAAAACAUCACGAGUUAGUGGAAUCUGAAGAUCACGUGGAAGUGAAUGGUGUUGUGUUCAAUAAACCCUUCGUGGAAAAGCCGGUGUCGGCGGAAGACCAUAAUAUUUACAUUUACUACCCAACCUCAGCUGGAGGCGGUAGUCAACGGCUGUUUAGGAAGAUUGGUAGUCGCAGUAGUAUUUAUUCUCCAGAAUCUAGAGUAAGGAAAACUGGUUCGUUUAUAUAUGAAGACUUUAUGCCUACAGAUGGCACAGAUGUGAAAGUGUACACGGUGGGGCCGGAUUAUGCACACGCGGAGGCUCGGAAGAGUCCCGCUCUGGACGGGAAAGUGGAGCGAGACUCUGAAGGCAAGGAGAUCAGAUAUCCCGUCAUACUCUCCAACCAAGAGAAGCUGAUCUCGCGUAAGGUCUGCUUGGCGUUCAAGCAAACUGUGUGCGGCUUCGAUUUAUUGAGGGCGAACGGCAAAUCGUUUGUAUGCGACGUGAACGGUUUCUCGUUCGUAAAGAACUCGAACAAGUACUAUGACGACUGCGCCAAGAUCCUGGGCAACAUGAUACUGCGCGAGCUGGCGCCCACCCUCCACAUCCCCUGGUCGGUGCCCUUCCAGCUCGACGACCCGCCCAUAGUGCCCACCACCUUCGGAAAGAUGAUGGAGCUGCGCUGCGUCGUCGGCGUCAUCCGGCACGGGGACCGCACGCCCAAGCAGAAGAUGAAGGUCGAAGUGCGACAUCCAAGAUUCUUCGAGAUAUUUGAGAAGUACGAGGGCUUCAAGCGCGGGCACGUGAAGCUGAAGCGGCCCAAGCAGCUGCAGGAGAUCCUGGACAUCUCCCGCGCGCUGCUCGCGGACAUACACACGCGACACGCAGACCCUGAGAUAGAGGAGAAGCAGGGCAAGCUAGAACAGCUCAAGAGCGUCCUCGAAAUGUACGGACAUUUCUCGGGCAUCAACCGCAAGGUGCAGAUGAAGUACCAGCCGCGCGGCCGCCCGCGGGGCUCCAGCUCCGACGACGGUAACGCACCCGUCACCCCCGCCACCGCCACCGCGCAUGCAGGCAGUGGGGGCGGGGGCGGCGGCGGCGGCGGCGGGGGCGGCGGCGAGCCGUCGCUAGUGCUCAUCCUGAAGUGGGGCGGGGAGCUGACGCCCGCAGGACGUAUACAGGCCGAGGAGCUCGGCCGCAUGUUCCGCUGCAUGUACCCUGGAGGACAGGGAAGGCAUAUACCUGGUGAAGGAAGUACGCAAGGAUUGGGCUUGCUUCGUCUACACUCAACAUUUCGACAUGAUCUGAAGAUAUAUGCGUCGGACGAGGGGCGUGUGCAGAUGACGGCCGCGGCCUUUGCCAAGGGUCUGCUGGCACUGGAGGGCGAGCUGACUCCCAUCCUGGUGCAGAUGGUCAAGUCUGCCAAUACUAAUGGACUGCUCGAUAAUGACUGUGAUUCAUCUAAAGUACAAAAUAUGGCGAAGGCGCGGCUGCACGAGGCGAUGCAGGUGGACCGCGAGUUCACGGAGGAGGAGCGGGCGCGCAUCAACCCGUGCGCGUCGCUGAGCAUCAGCGCGGCCAUGCAGCUGGUCAGCAACCCCGUGCGCUGCUGCGCGCACGUGCACGCGCUCAUACAGCGCCUCGUGCGCAUCGUGCUCGCCAAGCGCGACGACCCCAAGACCAGAGAUACAAUUCUAUACCACGGCGAGACUUGGGAGCUAAUGGGCCGCCGCUGGGGCAAGAUAGAGAAGGAUUUCUGCACGAAGAACAAGAGUUACGAUAUAUCUAAGAUCCCGGACAUCUACGACUGCAUCAAGUACGACUUGCAGCACAACCAGCACACGCUGCAGUUCGAGCAGGCCGGCGAACUCUACAUAUACGCCAAAUACUUAGCGGACAUUGUUAUACCACAAGAAUACGGUUUAACGGUACAAGAAAAGCUGACCAUAAGUCAAGGUAUCUGCACGCCGCUGUUGAAAAAGAUACGAGCGGACUUACAAAGGAAUAUCGAAGAAUCCGGCGAAGAAACUGUUAACAGGUUAAAUCCGAGGUACAGCCACGGCGUGUCGAGCCCGGGCCGGCACGUGCGCACGCGCCUCUACUUUACCAGCGAGAGCCACGUGCACUCGCUGCUCACCGUGCUGCGCUUCGGCGGACUGCUCGACGUGCUCAAAGAUGAGCAAUGGCGUCGAGCAAUGGAGUACGUGUCAAUGGUGUCGGAGCUGAACUACAUGUCUCAAAUCGUCGUCAUGUUGUACGAAGAUCCAACUAAAGAUCCCUCAUCAGAAGAAAGGUUCCACGUGGAGCUGCACUUCAGCCCCGGCGUCAACUGCUGCGUGCAGAAGAACCUGCCCCCCGGCCCCGGCUUCCGCCCCCACAGCCGCAACCACUCCACCACCAACAACUCGAGUUCGUCUGAUGAAGUGAAGUGCAUAGAAGAGGAAGGAGAAGACGAUCAGAUGGCGAGUCAAGAAACAUUGCAACCGGACACUUUGGAUUAUAUGGACAGUGCUUUCUCGCUCAAAAGUGCUUUGAUGUCGAAAUUGAGACCUUCUGAUCCCAUACCGAUAUGUAACCAGCACUUCACGGUGAGCGGGCACGAGGCGGUGUCGCUGGCGGCGCGGCUGAACGAGGAGCUGCGCGCGCGCUGCCAUGCACCCCCAGCGCACGCAGUACUGCGCGAACAUUCACAGAGUGAAGAGAAAGAGUGCAAAGAAUCUGAAGAACAGCAGCCGCGUGCACGCAGCUACGACCAGCAUAAGCAGACCCAUGACAAUGUCGGCGAUGAGACGUUUUACUGCAAUUUACGUGAGCAAGUGUUGGGUCGGCUGGGGUCGCACGGGCUCGUGUGCCGGCGCGCGCUCGCCGCCGACCGCUACCAGAGCCUGCAGUGCUUCGAUGAUGAUGAAGGUUACGGUGGAGUGCCUGCUAUCCGACCACUGGAGACGUUGCACAAUGCGCUGUCUCUGCGUCAACUGGACGCGUUUCUGGAGCGCGUGACCGCCGCGCCAGUGCUGGCGGGCACGCCGCCGCACGCCGCUCCCGGCGCCAGCGCACUGCCUGAUACGCCCGCGGACACCGCAAAGCGAUCGCCUACCAACAGUGAGUCUACGAAUGUGCACGUAUCGCCCCCGAAAACAAAAAGAUGUCAAAAGCGUGCGCUAAUCUAAACUAUAGCACAACUGUUUAGUCGCAUUCUGAUUCCUAUGAGCUUAUAUGGAGGUGCACUACUCGAUUUUUAGUUGUGCAACUAAACAGUUGCGACAAUCGCACAACAAUUGUGUGUUUUUUUUAGUCAAAGCUGUAUGCCCCCUUUAACUUUAUCGGCACUCG